GGUUGCUAGCCGGUUGCUCCUGCUUUCAGUGCCUUUGCUGUUAGUCUGUUGGACCUUCGAGCCCAGCUACUCGCACAGGACUCGGCCACCUGCCCUUCCUGCACCGCCUGGCCAGGUACCUUGCAGGAGUUCAGAGCCUCAUGCUGAGCCAGGAGGAGCUCCGGGGGACGCACAGGGCAGGAUCGGGAUUGAGAGGCUGAAAAACGCAAGAGGUUUGGAUAUGGACCUUCUCCAGUUCCUGGCCUUCCUCUUUGUCUUGCUUUUGUCUGGGACGGGAGCCACUGGCACCUUGAGGACUUCCCUGGACCCAAGCCUGGAGAUCUACAAGAAGAUGUUUGAGGUGAAGCGGCGGGAGCAGCUAUUGGCACUGAAGAACCUGGCACAGCUGAACGACAUCCAUCAGCAGUACAAGAUCCUUGAUGUCAUGCUUAAGGGGCUCUUUAAGGUGCUGGAGGACUCCCGGACAGUGCUCACCGCUGCUGAUGUGCUCCCAGAUGGGCCCUUCCCCCAGGACGAGAAGCUAAAGGAUGCUUUCUCCCACGUGGUAGAGAACACGGCCUUCUUCGGCGAUGUGGUGCUGCGCUUCCCAAGGAUUGUGCACUAUUACUUUGACCACAACUCCAACUGGAACCUCCUCAUCCGCUGGGGCAUCAGUUUCUGCAACCAGACGGGCGUCUUCGACCAGGGGCCCCACUCGCCCAUCCUCAGCCUGAUGGCCCAGGAACUGGGGAUCAGUGAGAAAGACUCCGACUUCCAGAACCCAUUUAAAAUCGACCGCACAGAGUUCAUUCCCAGCACUGACCCUUUCCAGAAGGCCCUGAGAGAAGAAGAGAAACGCCGGAAGAAAGAGGAGAAGCGGAAAGAGAUCCGAAAAGGCCCAAGGAUCUCCAGAUCCCAGUCUGAGUUAUAGCCCUGGAGCAGCUCAGGGCUCAAGGGGCCACAAGGAGGCAGGUCGAGAGGAAGAAGAGGUGGAGGUGUGGUUGUGGUGGAGAGCACCAGCCAGCCCCUUCCAGAAGGAGAGGCCACAUUUACCCAGCCCCCUGGAGCUGGGUCUGAGCUCUGGCUGAAGGGACUGAGCCUCAUAUGGCUGGAUUUUCUCUCAGGGGCCUCCUGCUGAAGGGGCCUUCAGAGGACUUUAUACUGGAAAUAUGACCCUGUGCAGACUGCUGGGGGAGGCAGGGGGAUGCCUGCCUGGACCCUUUUGGUGGCUGAAAACCUCUGGCCAGCUGGCUUCCACUCUUGGUGGGGAAGCAGCAGAAGUAGGUUCUGAGCCACAGGUGAGGGUGCCACCCUGCUGCUGGCCCCACUGUGUCACAGAGCUGCCCAGCACAGGUCCCAGCCCCUCUGCAGAGACACAAUAAAAGCCAGCGGACCCUUUGGACCAAC